CAUAUUUGAAAGGCGGGGGCUGGCGCGGAAAACGAAGGUUGCAUCUUGGAUCCUUGCGGAGUACUCAUACUGGCGACUGAGUCCUGGACCUGGGAAGGAAGCGACCUCUGGGGCAAUAAGGCCUGAGGGACUCGUAAACGUGUGUACGUGCCAAGCCCUCCAACGCCAUGAGGAGCUUCAAAGGAAUCAACUUUGGGACCUUGCUAAGCAACCCGAAGGAGGCUGAAGAAUUGCUGCCUGACUUCAAGGAGUUUCUGUCCAAGCUUCCAACUGGUUCACCUGGCUGCCGAUCUGAUGCCGAGAGGAGACAAGCUUGUGAUGCCAUCUUGAGGGCUUGCAACCAGCAGCUGAUGGCCAAGCUGGCUUGCCCUCAGCACCUGGGGAGCCUGCUGGAACUGGCAGAGUUGGCUUGCAAUGGCUACUUGGUGUUCACCCCUCAGCGCUCACCUCUCUACCUGGAACGAAUUCUCUUCAUCUUUCUGCGGAACAUUGCCACACAGGGAAUCCCAGACGCCACACUCCGAUUCGCUCAGCCCCUACAUGCCUGUUUGGUGCAGUGCUCCCGCCAAGCUGCUCCCCAGGACUACGAGGCUGUGGCUCGGGGCAGCUUUUCUCUGCUUUGGAAGGUGGCAGAAGCCCUGGAGGAACGGCAAGCUGCACUUUCAGCUCGGCUGAAGGCCUUGAGCUUUCUAGUGCUCUUAGAGGAUGAAAGUACCCCUUGUGAGGUUCCCCACUUUGCUUCUCCAACAGCUUGUCGAGUGGUGGCUGCCCAUCAGCUAUUCGAUGCCACUGGGCAUGGUCUGAAUGAAGCAGAUGCUGAUUUCCUCGGUGACCUGCUCUCCACACAUGUGAUCAAAGCCUUGGUGGGCGAGGGAGGGUGUUCUCCUGGUGCUCUUUCUCCCCAGAGGGCCCUCUGUCUCUUGGAACUCACCCUGGAACACUGCCGUCGCCUCUCCUGGAGCUGCCACCAUACUAGGGCCACCAGGGUAGUGGAGAAGGCCCAUGAUUACCUAAGGAACACCAGUCUGACCACCAGCCUCCAGUUAUGCCAGCUUGGAGUUCAACUGCUACAGAUUGGGGAGGGAGGAUCUCAGGCACUGGCCAAGCUUCUGAUCAAGGCAUCGGCUCUCCUGAACGACAGUGUGGAGGCACCGUCACCCCCACUGCGGGCUUUGUAUGACAGCUGCCAGUUCUUCCUCUCUGGCCUGGAGCGAGGCAUCAAGAGGCGCUACAGACCUGAUGCUGUUCUGGGCCUCUUUGCUUUUCUCAGAGGCUACUUCUCCCUCCUCCGGCAGCUGCAGGAUGGGGUCUGUGGGGACGCCUCCCAGCAGCAGCAGUCUUUAGUUCAGAUGCAUUUUCAGGGACUUCACCUCUACACUGCGGUGGUUUAUGACUUUGCACAAGGCUGUCAGGUAGCUGAUAGGGCCGACCUGGCCCAGCUAGUGGAAAGUUGCAAAUCUACUGUGGUCUGGAUGCUGGAGGCCUUAAAGGGCCUGUCAGGCCAAGAGCUGACUGACUAUCUGGGCAUGACCGCCUCUUACACCAGUAACUUGGCCUACAGCUUCUACAGUCAUAAGCUGUACGCCGAGGCCUGUGCCAUCUCUGAGCCCUUCUGUCAGCACCUGGGCUUGGCGAAGCCAGCCACCUAUCCCAAGGUGCCUCCUGAGAAGUUGCACCGGUGCUUCCGGCUACACGGAGAGAGUUUGAAGAAACUGGGUAAACAGGCCCAGGGCUGCAAGAUGGUAAGUUUAUGGCUGACAGCCCUACAGCCCUGUGGCUCCCAGCACAUGGCUGAGCCAGUCACCUUCUGGGUUCGGGUCAAGAUGGACGCAGCCAAAGCAGGAGACAAGGAGCUGCAGCUGAGGACUCUUCGAGACAGCCUGAGCGGCUGGGACCCAGAGACCCUGGUGUUCCUGCUGAGGGAGGAGCUGCAGGCCUAUAAGGCUGUGCGAGCAGACACGGGACAGGAGCGGUUCAAUGUCAUCUGUGACCUGUUGGAACUGAGCCCUGAGGAGACACCAGUGGGAGCCUGGGCUCGAGCCACCCACCUGGUGGAACUCGCUCAGGUGCUCUGCUACCACGACUUUGCCCAGCAGACCAACUGCUCAGCCCUGGAUGCUGUCCAGGAAGCCCUGCAGCUUCUGGAGUCUGUGAGGCCUGAGCCCCAGGCCAAGGAUCAGCUUCUGGAUGAUAAGGCCCAGGCCUUGCUAUGGCUCUACAUCUGUACUCUGGAGGCCAAGAUGCAGGAAGGUAUCGAGCGGGAUCGGAGAGCCCAGGCCCCUAAUCACCUGGAGGAAUUUGAAGUCAAUGACCUGAACUAUGAAGAUAAACUGCAGGAAGAUCGCUUCCUGUACAGUAACAUCGCCUUCAACCUCGCAGCCGACGCUACUCAGUCCAAAUGCCUGGACCAAGCCCUGGCCCUUUGGAAGGAGGUGCUUACUAAGACACAGGCGCCCGCCGUCCGGUGUCUCCAGCAGACAGUGACCUCCCUGCAGACCCUAGCAGCCCUCUAUCAGCUGUCGGCAAAGCCCCUGCAGGCUCUAGAGGUCCUCCUGCUUGUACGGAUCGUCUCCCAGAGAUUGGAGGACCAUGCGAAGGCCACUGCUGCCUCCUGCCACACCGCCCAGCUGCUGCUGACCCUUGGCUGUCCCCACUAUGCCCAGCUACACCUUGAAGAGGCAGACUCAAGCCUGAAACUUCUCGAUCACACCACUGACACGUACCUGCUCCUUUCACUGACCUGUGACCUACUUCGAAGUCAACUAUACUGUGUUCACCAGAAGGUGACUGAGGGUGCCUCUCUGUUGCUGUCUGUGCUUCGGGACCCUACCCUCCAGCGGUCAUCCAAGGCCUGGUAUUUGCUUCGUGUCCAGGCCCUGCAACUGGUGGCAUUCUACCUUAGCCUCUCGUCAGACAGCCUCUCAGCCUCCCUGAGGGAGCAGCUCUGUGCCCAAGGCUGGCAGACACCAGAGAUCGCCCUCAUCGACUCCCAUAAGCUCCUCCGAAGCAUUAUCCUCCUCCUCAUGGGCAGUGAUGUGCUCUCAAUUCAGAAGGCAGCUGUGGAGACGCCAUUUCUGGACUCUGGUGAAAAUCUGGUACAAAAAUGGCAGGUUCUGACAGAGGUGCUGAGCUGCUCAGAGAAGCUGGUCUCCCACCUGGGCCGUCUGGGCAGUGUGAGCGAAGCCAAGGCCUUUUGCUUGGAGGCCCUGAAACUCACGACGAAGCUGCAGCUGCCACGCCAGUGUACUCUGUUCCUGGUGCUGAAAGCGGAACUGGAGCUGGCGCGAAAUGACAUUGACCUCUGCCAGUCGGACCUGCAGCAAGUUCUGUUCCUGCUCGAGUCUUGCACAGAGUUUGGUGGACCAGCCCAGGGCCUGGACUCUGUGAAGAAGGUCCAUCUGCAGAAGGGCAAGCAGUGGGCCCGGGUCCAUCGUCCACGGGAGCUUCCAGAAGAGGAGCCCUUCCUAAGAGGCCCAGCUCUGGAGUUGGUAGCCACUGUACCCAAGGAGCCUGGCCCUAUAGCCCCUUCCACUAACUCUUCCCCUCAACUGAAAAUGAAGCCCCAGCCCAGCCCCGGCUUCCUGACACACCUGCCCACGUGUGACUGCAUGCUGUGUGCCAGCCCCAUCCUCUCCGCAGUCUGUCUGCGCUGGGCAUUGGUCACAGCAGGGGUGAAGCUGGCCACAGGCCAUGAGGCCCAGGGUCUGGAUCUGCUGCAGGUCGUGCUGGAGGGUUGCCCUGCAGCCACUGAUCGCCUCACCCGAGCUCUACAAACUUCCUUGAAUCACAUGGCGCACCUCUCCCCUGCCCCGAGGAUCCUGGAUGAGAUCUUGGCUCAGGCCUACACACAGCUGGCCCUGGAGGGCCUGAGCCAGCCAUCAAACAAGAGCCUGGGGAAGGUCCUGGAGUCAGGGCUGAAGUUUGUGGCAGCGCGGGUCCCCUACCUGGAGCCCUGGAGAGCCAGCCUGCUCUUGAUUCGGGCCCUGGCAAAGCUGGCUGGCCUCGGUUCCUGCACUGCCCAACUCUUUGCAAGCUCCUGGGGCUGGCAGCCACCACCUGUAAAACCCUCCCCAGGCUCAGAGCCUUCAAAGCCUCGGAGCCAGAAACAUUCUGGAAGAGGGCGUCAACGGGCAGCCUCUUCUUCUACCCCAUCCCUCCAUAAUACCUCUCUGAAAGGUCUGGAAGGUGGAGGACUGCCCUGUACACCUAAGCCCCCAGGCCAGGUCAGGCCAGCAGGCCCUCGUGUCCCUUUCACUGUGUUUGAGGAAAUCCUCACUACAAAGCCUGAGGCUGAGGUUCCCAAGGCCCCAAGGGUACAACAGAGGGUCCAGACGCGCCUCAAGGUGAACUUCAGUGAUGACAGUGACUUGGAAGACCCUAUCUCAGUUGAGGCACGACUUGCAGAGGAGUCCAAGAGACGCAGCACUGCUUCCCGGAGCCGGGGCCGGGCGAGGAAAGGCUCAGGCUCGAAGACUGUUUCGGUGGCAGCCCCAGAUAGUGGCUCCAGGCAACCUGGCUUCGGUGGCCGGAGCCGGAGGGCCAAGAAAGUGACAUCAGUACAUUGUGAGGAGCUGGGCUCUGAGAUCAUGAGGACCAUCCCCGAGGAGGAAAUGACUGAUGAUGAGAUGGAAAUGAGCUUUGAGAUCCUCAGGGGCUCUGACGAUGAAGACUCCACCUCCGGUGGGAAGGCACCAGCUCCAGGACCUGGUACUGCCAUAGGAGAAUGUGAGGUGUUGAGACGUGAUUCCAGCAAAGAGGAGCUGCCCAUCCCAUGCCCAGAAAAGGAGAGAGACAAGGACCUUGGUCCUCGGGUCCGACUCCCCUCAGCCCCUGCAUCCAUUGGUCUGUCUACCCUGAAUUCCAUCUUGGACUUACUGACCACUGCUUUCCGUGGCGUUAGUCACUGCCCUCCUAGUGGGCUCUAUGCUCACCUCUGCCGCUUCCUGGCUUUGUGCUUGGGCCAACGGGAUCCCUAUGCUACUGCCUGCCUUGUCACUGAGUCUGUGUCCAUCACCUGUCGCCACCAGCUGCUCACCCACCUCCACAGGCAGCUCAGGAAGGCCCAGAAGCACCAGGGAUCACUCAAAAUGGCAGACCAGCUGCAGAGGCUAAGCCUUCAGGAGAGACCUGGAGAUGUCCCCCUGGCCCGCAUCCAGCACCUCUUUUCCUUCCAGGCUGCAGGAUCUGCUCCAUUCCCUGAGCUGGAGAAGGAGAGUUUCCAGGAGCGCCUAGCUCUGAUCCCCAGUGGAGUAACCGUGUGUGUGUUGGCUCUGGCGACGCUCCAGCCUGGAACUGUGGGCGACACCCUCCUGCUGACCCGGCUGGAAAAAGACAGUCCCCCAGUCACUGUGCAGAUCCCCACUGCCCAGAACAAGCUUCCUCUGAGUUCAGCCCUGAAAGAGUUUGACGCCAUCCAGAAGGAGCAGAAAGAGAACAGCAGCUGUACCGACAAGCGAGAGUGGUGGACAGGGCGGCUAGAACUGGACCAUAGGAUGGAGGUUCUCAUCACUUCCCUAGAGAAACAUGUGUUGGGCUGCUGGCGGGGACUGUUGCUGCCAUCCAGUGAGGACCCUGGCCCUGCCCAGGAGGCAUCCCGCCUCCAACAGCUGCUACAGGAAUGUGGUUGGAAAUAUCCCGACCCAACUCUGCUGAAAAUCGUGCUAAGUGGCACCAGUACCCUCACUGCUCAGGACAUUCAGACCCUGGCCUAUGGGCUGUGCCCAGCGAGGCCAGAACGAGCCCAGGAGCUUCUGAGUGAGGCAGCAGGACGUCUGCAGGGUCAGAUAGUCCCAAGCAAUAGGCACCUUGUCUUAGUGCUGGACAAGGACCUGCAAAAGCUGCCUUGGGAGAACAUGCCCAGCCUCCGAGCACUGCCUGUCACUCGGCUGCCCUCCUUCCGCUUCCUGCUCAGUUACUCCAUCACUAAAGAGUCUGGGGCCUCAUCGGUGCUAAGCCAAGGGGUAGAUCCACGCAAUACCUUCUAUGUCCUGAACCCGCACAAUAACCUGUCAAGCACAGAGGAGCAAUUUCGAGCCCAUUUUAGCAGUGAAGCUGGAUGGAAAGGAGUGGUUGGAGAAGUGCCAACUCCAGAACAAGCUCAGGCAGCAUUGACGGAACAUGAUUUAUAUAUCUAUGCAGGGCACGGGGCUGGAGCCCGCUUCCUGGAUGGACAGGCCGUCCUCCGGCUGAGCUGCCGGGCGGUGGCCUUGCUCUUCGGCUGCAGCAGCGCAGCCCUGGCUGUGCAUGGGAGGCUGGAAGGGGCUGGCAUCGUGCUCAAGUAUAUCAUGGCUGGCUGUCCCCUGUUUCUGGGUAACCUCUGGGAUGUGACUGACCGUGACAUCGACCGGUACACAGAGGCCCUGCUACAGGGCUGGCUUGGAGCGGGCCCAGGAGCCCCCCUUCUCUACUACAUCAACCAGGCCCGCCAGGCUCCCCGACUGAAGUACCUUAUUGGGGCCGCACCUGUGGCAUAUGGCUUGCCUGUCUGCCUGCGAUGACCUCUUAAAGCUGUCCUAGCGCCAAUGGAAGCCAUGUGACUGUUCUACCUCCUAUUGGAUUUAACCCUUAGGAUAAAUAUUUUAAGUGAUUUUUCCCAGUGUUUUAUAUGAAGGCUUUCCCUUUGAUUUAACCUUGAUAUAAUAAAGAUGUACUUAAACCCA